GGUUUGGUGGAUUCUGUUGACAGCUGAUUUCACAAUACGGAGCAGCGAAAUAAAAACAUUCACGUCCGGCAAGUUUUGCUUUCGACGACCGAGCGGUACUCUAUUUUUAUUGUUAUUCGCAAAAAAAGAAGAAGUAAUCGCAAGCCAAAACAACUGCGAACAAAGCACAGAAGCAAAGAAAAGGUGGUGUAACAUUUUGUGAAAUUUUCGUGCGUUGGUAAACAACGAGCCAAGAUUGUGAAAUACACCGACAGGCGCGUACGAAAUCGUCAUACGUUCUGGAACAACAAGUCUGCCGCCCCACUGCGAGAUGCGCUCGGUGAAGUGAUUUUCCGCCUGCCAAAAAGUUCCUGUAAUGCUAUACCGAAGUAGGUGCCCGACUGGUACAGGCUUUUCCCUCCGCGCACACCGACGUGUUAUGUAAACCUGGCCUGGACUGUGCUGCUUUCUGUAGGACUCUAGACCCAUUUGGAACACAUCGAUGAUGCAUCAUCUGGAGCGGUGUAGACAGCUGAUCAAUGGCACCGUGGUGAGGCUGGCGGUGCGCCGGCUCGAGCCCGUCCUGGCGCUCGCGCACCGCACCGUCACCAGCGAGUCGCCGCACCGGGACGCGCUCUGGCGCGAGCUGCAGCGGGUGCCGCGCGGUACACAGCCCGCCCCGACCCGGCGCCAGCUCCGGCAGCUGCAGGCCGACCAGCGGGCCCUGCUGCGCAUGCUGUGCGAUGCGGGCUCGAUCCCAGCGUACGUGUUCGCGCGCCACCUGCACACGGCGUGCGGCAACCGGGCGCCGCAGGGAGCGCAGCCGAGCGGCCCGAACCAGAAGCCGCCGGACCGGGACGGGUCUGACCCAAACCGCAAGAAAGAUGAGGAUGAGGACGACAAGGAGAAGAUGAUGUCGGUGGUGACGAAGACGCUCAUCUGGAUGAUCACGAUCUACCUGCUGGUCGGCUUCCUGUCGAUGGUGCUGCCGUCCCGCAACCGGCCCGAGUCGGCCACGCGCUACGUCAGCUGGCACGAGUUCGUCCACCACAUGCUGGCGGUCGGCGAGGUGAAGGAGGUGGUGGUCCACCCGGACAUGGAGAUGGUGACGAUCAUCCUGCACGACGGGGCGAUCGUGAAGGGGCGCCGGGUGCAGUCGAACAUCUUCCACAUGGCGGUGGCGGACGUGAACAAGUUCGAGGAGAAGCUGCGGUCGGUCGAGCAGCGGCUCGGCGUGACCGACGGCGUGUCGGUGCAGUUCGAGCGCAGCGGGGACGUGAGCGGCCGCAUCCUGUUCACGCUGUUCGCGACCGGCGUGAUCAUUGCGCUGCUCAGCCGCAUCCGGGGCGGCCGCGGCCCAAUCUCAAUGGACAGCUUCACGCAGAUGGGGCGGGCCAAGUUCACGCUGGUCGAUCCGGUCGAGUCGGGCGGGCGGGGCGUCUGGUUCCGGGACGUGGCCGGCCUGCAGGAGGCGAAACAGGAGGUGAUGGAGUUCGUCGACUAUCUCAAGUCGCCCGGGCGCUACCAGCGGCUCGGCGCGAAGGUACCGAAGGGCGCCCUGCUGCUCGGCCCGCCCGGCUGCGGCAAGACGCUGCUCGCGAAGGCGGUCGCGACCGAGGCGCAGGUCCCGUUCCUCAGCAUGAACGGCUCGGAGUUCAUCGAGAUGAUCGGGGGGCUCGGGGCAGCCCGGGUGCGCGACCUGUUCAAGGAGGCGAAGAAACGCUCACCGUGCAUCAUCUACGUGGACGAGAUCGAUGCGAUCGGGCGGCAGCGGGAGGGCGGCGGCGGGGGUGGCGUCGGCGGCGGCAUGAACUCGGGCGAGUCGGAGCAGACGCUCAACCAGCUGCUGGUCGAGAUGGACGGCAUGGCGAGCAAGGAGGGCGUGCUCAUGCUGGCCAGCACCAACCGGGCCGACAUCCUCGACAAGGCGCUGCUGCGGCCUGGCCGGUUCGACCGCCACAUCCUGAUCGAUCUGCCGAACCUGGCGGAGCGGAAGGAAAUCUUCGAGAAGCAUCUGUCUGGCAUCGCGCUCGAGCAUCCGCCGGCCACCUACUCGAGCCGGCUCGCCACCCUGACGCCCGGCUUCUCCGGCGCGGACAUCGCGAACGUGUGCAACGAGGCGGCGCUGCACGCGGCCCGCACCAGCCAGCGGGUCGUGCGCACCAGCAACCUGGAGUACGCGGUCGAGCGGCUGGUCGGCGGGACGGAGAAGCGGUCGCACGCGCUGUCGCCGACCGAGCGGCGCGUGAUUGCGUUCCACGAGUCGGGGCACGCGCUCGUCGGCUGGAUGCUGCCGAACUCGGACGUCCUGCUCAAGGUGACGAUCGUGCCGCGCACCAGCCUGGCGCUCGGAUUCGCCCAGUACACGCCGAAGGAGCAGAAGCUGUACACGCGCGAGCAGCUGUUCGACAAGAUGUGCAUGGCGCUCGGUGGCCGGGCGGCCGAAAAUCUCACCUUCAACCGGAUCACCACCGGCGCCCAGAACGAUCUCGAGAAGGUGACCAAAAUGGCGUACGCACAGAUUAAAUACUUCGGCAUGAACAGCACGGUCGGGCCGAUCGCGUUCGCCGAGGACAGCGACAACAGCCCGUACGCGGAGAAACCGUACUCGCAGGGGCUUGGUAAUCUGAUCGACUUCGAGGCGCGCAAGAUGAUCACCGAGGCGUACGAGCGGACCGAGCAGAUACUGCGCGACAACGCGGACAAGCUGAACCGACUGGCCGAGGCGCUGCUCGAGCAGGAAACGCUCAACUACGACCAGGUGGUGGAGCUGAUCGGCCCGCCCCAGUACGACGAUGCCCGGCGCAAGAUCGAACCGGUCGAGUUCGAGGACAGCCUGAAGCGGCUCGCCCAGAACGGCACGGAGGAAAAGUAAAGUAGACGGAAGGGAGGGAGCGGGGCAGGGGUGUAGUCUAUGCGGGAUAGCAAACAAAAAAAAAAACAAACAACACUGUGUAUGGUUGGAAGCCGAACGCGCGCGGGUAUGUUGCGUUGUAAAUAAAUUAAUGAUGCCUAUUUA